AUGGCGUCCCCCGAGCCCGCCGCGCAGCCGAUCCCCGCGCAAGAGCGCUCCCCACCCGCCGCGGCUGGCCGAGAAGAGGCGCCGCGAGAACCGGUCCCGGAAGCAGCCGCACCCGGAGCUGCGGAGGCGGAGGAGGAAUGUGAGUGCGAGUUCUGCUUCUUCAUGAAGGCCGGGGGCUGCAAGGACGCCUACGUGGCGUUGGAGGAGUGCUUCGAGGCGGCGCAGAAGGAGGGCGCCGACUUCGAUGAGCGCUGCGACGAGGUAACCGCCAACCUCAGGAAGUGCAUGGACGCGCACGCCCACUACUACUUACCCGUGCUCCUGCGCGCCGUCCGCGUCCCCGGCGAGGAGGUUUGA